AUGGCUGGAAGAGGGGGUCUUCUGAUGCUGGAAAACUUUAUAGGUGGAAAAUUUUUACCUUGUAGCUCAUACCUAGAUUCCUAUGAUCCCUCCACAGGGGAAGUGUACUGCCGUGUGCCAAACAGUGGGAAAGAAGAGGUCGAAGCCGCGGUGGAGGCGGCCAGAGCAGCUUUUCCAGGCUGGUCCUCCCGGAGCCCCCAGGAGCGCUCACAGGUGCUACAGCGGUUGGCGGACUUGCUGGAACAGUCCCUGGAGGAGCUGGCCCAGGCUGAGUCCAAGGACCAAGGGAAAACCAUAACCCUGGCGAGAACCAUGGACAUUCCCCGGGCUGUGCAGAACUUCCGGUUCUUCGCCUCCUCCAUCCUGCACCACACAUCUGAAUGCACACAGAUGGACCACUUGGGCUGUCUGCACUACACAGUGCGGGCCCCUGUGGGCAUCGCUGCUCUGAUCAGUCCCUGGAAUCUGCCCCUCUAUCUGCUGACCUGGAAGAUCGCUCCAGCAAUCGCUGCUGGCAACACAGUGAUAGCUAAGCCCAGCGAGCUGACUUCCGUGACCGCGUGGAUGAUGUGCAGACUCCUGGAGAAAGCAGGUGUUCCCCCAGGUGUGGUAAAUAUUGUGUUUGGAAUGGGGCCCAGGGUAGGCGAGGCCCUGGUGUCCCACCCAGAGGUGCCCCUCAUCUCCUUCACUGGGAGCCAGCCCACCGCCGAGCGCAUCACACAGCUGAGUGCCCCCCACUGCAAGAAGCUCUCGCUGGAGCUGGGGGGCAAGAAUCCUGCCAUCGUCUUUGAAGAUGCCAACCUGGCCGAGUGCAUUCCGACAACUGUCAGAUCCAGCUUUGCCAACCAGGGUGAAAUCUGCCUGUGUACCAGCAGGAUCUUUGUCCAGAAGAGCAUCUAUAGUGAAUUUUUAAAGAGGUUUGUAGAGGCGACCAGAAUGUGGAAAGUUGGUAUUCCUUCUGACCCAUCGGCUGACAUGGGUGCCCUGAUCAGUAAAGCUCAUCUGGAGAAAGUCAGAAGUUACAUCAAGAAAGCUCGCAUGGAAGGAGCCCAAAUUCUGUGUGGUGAGGGAGUGGAUAAGUUGAACCUUCCCCCCAGGAAUCAGGCAGGGUACUUCAUGCUUCCCACGGUGAUAACAGAUGUUAAGGAUGAGUCCUGCUGCAUGAAGGAAGAGAUAUUUGGUCCAGUGACGUGUGUCGUCCCCUUUGAUAGUGAAGAGGAAGUGAUUCAAAGAGCCAACAAUGUUAAAUAUGGACUGGCUGCUACCGUGUGGUCAGGCAACGUGGGGCGUGUCCACCGGGUGGCCAAGAAGUUACAGUCAGGCUUGGUCUGGACCAACUGCUGGCUCAUUAGAGAGCUGAACCUACCUUUCGGGGGGAUGAAGAGUUCUGGGGUGGGCAGAGAAGGAGCCAAAGACUCUUACGAAUUCUUCACUGAAGUCAAAACCAUCACUGUUAAACACUGA